AUGAUUCACAUGCUUUUGCAUCCUUUGUUCUUCCUAUUCAUCCUCCCAGUGCUAAUCUUUUUCCUCUUCCUCAAACCAUCUUCGGAGAAGAAAGCAAAAGAGACAGCUACAGUUACCCUCCCAAAAGCAUACCCACUCAUUGGUUCGUACUUAGCCAUCAAAGCAAACGAAAACACAAACACUAACAUCCAAUGGUUAUCUGAUAUACUCCAAAUCUCACCAGCUGCCACCUUCACCCUCCACCGCCCCUUGGGCCGCCGGAAAGUCAUCACCGGCAACCCCGCCACCGUACAACACAUUCUCAAGACCCGUUUCUCCAUUUACCAAAAGGGCCACAUCUUUCUCGAAACCCUGUCCGAUUUCCUCGGAACCGGAAUCUUCAACACCAACGGCGACAACUGGAAGUUUCAGAGACAAGUCGCCAGCCACGAAUUCAACACAAACUCUCUGCGGAAAUUCGUCGAACACGUGGUGGACACCGAGCUCUCCAACCGCCUCAUCCCCAUACUCACUUCAGCAUCCCAAGACCAAAAAACCCUGAAUUUCCAAGACAUCCUCCAACGCUUCGCGUUCGACAACAUUUGCAAAAUCGCGUUCGGGUUCGACCCAGAAUACCUUGCGCCGUCCGUUGAACGGAGCAAGUUCGCGCUAGCUUUCGAGGAAGCGACCGUGAUCAGCAGCAAACGGUUCCGCGAACCGUCAGAGUUAAUCUGGAAAAUCAAGAGAAAGCUCAACAUAGGAUCUGAAAAACGACUGCGUAUCGCAGUUUCAGAAGUACAUGAAUUCGCGAAGAACAUAGUGAGGAAAAAGAAGCGCGAGCUGAAGGAGAAGUCAUCGCUUGAAUCGGUGGACAUGCUGUCGCGGUUCUUGAGUUCGGGUCACUCCGACGAGGACUUCGUCACAGACAUUGUCAUAAGCUUCAUACUGGCCGGAAAAGACACGACGUCAGCGGCGUUAACUUGGUUUUUCUGGCUGCUGUCGAAGAACCCGCGUGUGGAGAACGAGAUUGUGAAAGAGAUAAGGGAUAAAUCGGAAACCCCAGCGUACGAUGAAGUGAAGGAUAUGGUUUACACACACGCUGCGUUGUGCGAGAGCAUGAGGCUGUACCCGCCGGUGCCGACGGACAGCAAGGAAGCGGUUGAGGAUGACGUUUUGCCGGACGGGACGGUUGUGAAGAAGGGGACGGUGGUGGUGUAUCACGUGUACGCGAUGGGGAGGUUGGAGAGUAUUUGGGGAAAUGAUUGGGCAGAGUUUCAGCCCGAGAGGUGGUUAGAGAAGUUUGGUGAUUCGGGAAAGUGGAAGUUCGUUGCGAGAGAUUCGUUCAGUUAUCCAGUGUUUCAGGCGGGUCCCAGGAUUUGCUUGGGGAAGGAAAUGGCUUUUAUGCAGAUGAAGAGGGUGGUGGCUGGUGUCCUCAGGCAGUUCAAGGUGGUGCCCGCGGUGGCGGAAGGGGUGGAGCCCAACUUCGUUUCGUUCUUGACGUCCCAAAUGGAAGGUGGGUUCCACGUGAAAAUCCUCGAAAGGCUUGCUUGACACUAAAACCAGUAGUGGAGAUUAUUAGUGUUUUGUUUGUUGUUGGAAUUUGUGUGCGGAGGACAGUGGGGGCUGCACCUGCACCGCUUUGGGAGUGUUUUGUAUCUU